AUGGCCGUCGCCAAGCGUGCUCGUGUCGAGGAUGAGGAUGAGAACACCAUGACUCUCACCGUCGCGUCAUCGGGUGAGGGACAGCGCAAGAACGCGCUUGUGCGGACCAUCAAGAGGACUUCGGGACUCGAGGCGCCCAUCGUCUCGCUUGCGGGAGCUCACGGUGGCGAGAUUACGGCGUGCAAGUUUGACCCAUCUGGACAAACAUUGGCGGCAUGCUCGGUCGACCGCAGCAUCUCGCUGUGGAAGACGUACCCGCCCCACGAGAACUAUGGCAUCCUCCCAAACCUCCACAAGCAGGCAAUCCUCGACAUUGCCUACUCGUUGGAUUCCGAGUCGCUGUACUCGGGUGGCGCGGAUGGAUACUUGAUCGCGACGGACCUGCGCAAUGGCGAGCGGUUAGCCCGCUACGCGGCGCACUUUGGACCCCUUAACUCGAUCGCCGUGGCCAUCUCGGGCGGUCGUGAGCUGGUCUUGACAGGAGGUGACGACGGUGUUGCUCGCGUGUGGGACCUCUCCAUCGACACAAAGGAGCCCGUGGCUGAGUUUGACGACGAGCGCGAUUGUCCCGUCACUGCCGUUGAGUGGAGCAAGGACGGCAACCAGUGCUUUGUGGGAGGAGUGGAUAACGAGGUCAAGGUGUGGGACCUCCGGACGAAGAAGGUGCUGUACUCGCUGCAUGGUCACGCCGACACUAUUGCCUCAAUGUCACUCUCCCCCAGCGGCAACUACCUCGCUACCUACUCGCUCGACUCUGCGCUCAUUAUCUACGAUGUGCGACCAUUCUCGUCCGACCCCAUGCGUGUGUACCGCAGCUUGAGCGGCGCACCUGCUGGCUUUGAGCAGACGCUCAUCCGCUGUGCUUGGUCCAAGCACGACAACGGCGCGAGGAUAGCCGUCGGCGGUGGUGACCGCACGGUUACCGUUUGGGAUCUGGAGACUGGCAAGAUCCUGUACAAGCUGCCGGGGCACAAGGGAACUGUCACCGGUGUCGACUUCCACCCGGUCGAGCCCAUUGUUCUCACUGGUUCGAAGGACUCGAACAUGCUGCUCGGCGAGCUUGACGCGCAGGACUUUUCGUAG